AUGGUCCCCCAAAGCAACGACACGUUCUCUGUUCGUCAGGCUGGUGCUUAUCGUAACCUGCCGACCUACCCAUCCGUCUCUGGACUCACCGCAAUCGUCCCCGGUGCCACGGGAAUCUCAGGAUGGAACACAAUUCGCGCCUUGCUCGAUGCCCCGACCCGAUGGACCAAGAUUUACGCCAUGUUUCGCAGUCCUCCAAGCAAGGCGCUGACAGACCUUCUCUCUCGCGAGCAACACGCAGAAGAUAUUGCGAAAGCCCUAGCUCCAGUUCGAGAGUCUGACCCCUAUGUGUUCUUCUAUGCCUACAUGCAGCCAAAGACUGGAGCCCAUGAGGCCGUAUGGUCUAAUGUGGAGAAGCUAGAGGAACUUAACAGCCGGCUCUUGGCCUCCUUCCUGCAAGCCCUUGAGCUCGCGAAAAUUGCACCGAAACGCCUCGCUCGAGCACCGCAACCUUGUGUCGAGUCUGAUCCUCAACCACGACACCUGGGGUCUAACUUCUACUAUCCUCAAGAGGAUAGCCUAACCGACUAUUGCAAGCGACACCUCCAGACAUCAUGGAAUAUGAUUCGUCCAUUUGGGGUCAUCGGUUCAGCCAUCAAAGCGCAGAUGAGCGGACGAUAUCUCUUCUGCGUCUACGCGGCAGUACAGACCCACAAGAACGAGCCUCUAUAUGUUCCUGGCGACUUCACAACCUGGCAAGGCCCGACCCCCAUGUCGACAGCGCGCUUGACUGGCUACUUGAGUGAAUGGGCCGUGCGGCACGAUGCCUGCGAGAAUCAGGCUUACAAUUCCAUCGACUCCAAUUCCAUGACGAAUGGACGAUUCCUCGCUGAGCUUGCGCGCUAG